ACAAUUCAUAUACCGAAGUUUAUAGCUUACAUAUACUUUGUAUGCUGACUUGAAGCUUUCAUACCCUCACUCACAACCUAUAUUCUUGAACAGGACUCUGGCCUAUUUACAGAAGAACCAAGCAAUGAUGAAAAUACAAGGGAAAAAGAAAAGAGAAAAAGAGAAAAAGAAAAAUGAAGCAUGUAAUAAAAUGAAGUUUCAAAAAUACAUAGGUCAGGUUUGGUCUGUGUUUCAAUCACCAUCUUCUUUCAAAAUCCAGUACACCACAUGAAAUGAACUUACUAUAAAAUUUGCAGUCUGGUUCUUUACCAUACCUUUGAAGCUUCACUCCAGCAUUCCAAGAUGACCUAUUAUAUCUAUCUGAUUGUUAUCAACUUGGUAUUCAUGAGAGAGGUGAAAUGCAAGACAAAGUGAAUAUACCACUUGACCGGGAUAUUUCUUUCUCAUGCAUGAUGGUUAUUAUUUCCUAGUUUCGAUCUUUCUGUCACAGAGCGCACCCGUUUACUACUUCAUGAGUGAAUGCUAUCACCCACUCUUAGUAUGUCUAUUCUUGUUACUGUAUGACACCGUACUAUGCUCUCAUACCCAAUCACACUGCUCUGGUUCUUCAUUUCAUCCCAUCCUGAGCUAUGGCAGACAAUGAACAUAGCAACUCCGGAGAGAACACAGGUAUUCACCCUACCGAUUCACUUCCUAUCCUACAAGUGCCUUCUUUAGCAUCCAAUGACCCUCUAGCCCACCAAUAUCAAGCUCCCGCCCAAGAAAGUGACGUUUGGCCUGCCUCGGAACUCCAGCUACCUCUCGAUUAUCAGAAAUAUUAUACUGAACAUCCGCCCAUGGCUUCUCCGACAACCCAGUCAGCUGUCCGCCAGCAUCGCUGUCAUCACAGUGUGAUGGAACGCCAGUUCUGCAUUGACCGUACGGAAACAUGCAACUCAUGUGGAAGACGGCCAUUCCUCGGAUGGCUCUACCUCUGUGUUGAGGAUAUUUCGGGCUUCUCUGAUCCCUUGGAUCCCAUAAAUGGCCCAUUCCUCAGUCCGUGGAUACUAAAAGCCAUGGAAGAUGGUCACUAUACGACCGAACAGAAAGAAAUCGUGAUUCACCAGAAGUUGAACGUCGUGAGGAUGGCGGAGAGAGAAAGAGGCCCCGUACCUCCACCGCUGUCUAUGCUCUAUGCAGAGCGUAGUGCGCUAAACGGUCACAACCAGGAUGAUCCAUGGGUAGAGUUGGUAGAGGAUGUCAGCCCGCGGGAUGAGAGUGCUCCCAAAACCAGCGAAUCAGCGGUUCGCCUCGACCGUCCUGAGCUAGCUUCGCAGGUACCCCAGCCUUCACACCCUUCUCGUCCAUGCACAUUCAAGGCUUGUCGUUACUGCGAGCGUCGCCAUGGUAACCUCGAGGAGCGUACCUGGAUAAGUCUCAAUGAAAUCUGCAAUGAUCCUUCCAUUCCCCCUCCAGACUCGUGGGAACUGCUUGAGCGACCUGUCUCCGAUGCCAAUAUUCUUCGAAACUUAGAGCUCCCCUCUCGGCGUAUCUGGAUUGGUUCUUCAGGGGCGAGUUCCUCAGGAUACGACAUCGCAGAGAGCCGCGAAGAUAUAAGCGCUAGGCUCUAUUCUCAGGAGAAUAUCACUAGCACCAAUCUCCAUGAGCUUCUGAAUCAGUCCCUGAACAUAUCGGUCAGAACAGAACAGACCAUUGCAUCUUAUACGAGCCAGCUAAGUGAAAGUAUUGUCAUUGGGCAGGCUCUCUCUGCGUUCGAUGAUCACUCAACAUCGUUCCCCUUGUCAGACUCGUUAGAGCACGGUCAUGAUGAAUGUAAUACCGGGGGAUAGAUUUGACAGUGAAGCUGCAUACAACUCUCGAUUCUUGGCUAUUACGUGGGGGAAGUGGAAAGCAAAGUAAGAAGGAUGAUGGGGCCCAGAGCUACAACGUGGAGUACAUUGUGUGACGACUGACUGCAUUGCUUAUUACUACUGUCCUCAUCUGACAGGGACCGAAAAAGAUAAUUAGAAGAAAUUUGAUUACCAUAGUGGCCCGGGAAUGCAAAGGCAUGUGUUACAUAGUGGGAUGAUCUUCUAGAAUUAUUAUGAAGGAAAAGUUCCGCGGGCAUAAUUUCCCAAACAAUUCCACUAGAUGAUGGAAUCCACAUGCAGAUCAACCACGCUUCAAGUUUUGCAUGCGGUACGCGCGGGUACUUUCGCAAGACAAAUUAGCCCGCUACAACUUAUAUAAACCGACAUUCUCUACCCACACGGUGGUUUAUGGGUAGGACAACUGUUGUGAAGGGCUGGCAGUCAAAGUGCGCGCAAAUUGAUUCGGUUGAUCACAGCGAUUUGUCUGCAAACUCCGAACCUCGGCAUCUGCGCCAAGCGCAAGGAAGUGCUAGUCAGAUGCUCUGCGUUUGAUAUUUCCCUAUAAAUCCACAUCGCCCUGCGCUCCAUACCG